GUUAUUUCUAUUUGAAUUGUGUAAAUCUAGGGGAGUAAAUGGUAUAGGCUACUGCUUGGCAACUCCCUCCCAACCCAACCAAGAACACCCCCCUCCCCUCCACCACCGGCCCAAUCUUAGUUUAGCCGCCCGUGCUAAACUAGCUGCAUGCGCUCAAGUCUCCCACAAUAACAGUCUUGACGUCACUGGCCGUCGGUCUCGUGGAUACAGCUGCAGACUGCAGGAGAGCGAGCGGCGAUCGAAGAGAAGCGAAGAGCGGCGGCGUUGACGGCCAUCUUAGAGCUACCGCGGUGACUGAACGCGUCUCUUCUGGAUUAACAUUUUUUCCUGACAAAGAAAUAUUCGAGCCGACUCACGUAGCAUAGAAGUAAGGUCGUGUUCGCCACCCCCGUGUUUCAACGCUUACAUUCGGGAUGCAGUUCGGAAGGAAUACACGAUUCGCAUCCGCGGUCGGACUGGUCCUCGGACUAUUAUGCGCGGUGGAGGCGGCCAAAGUGAACAAGCACAAGCCAUGGAUCGAGACGACGUACCACGGCAUCGUGACGGAGAACGACGACAAAGUGCUGCUAGACCCGCCCCUCAUCGCCCUGGACAAGGACGCACCGCUGCGCUACGCAGAGAGUUUUGAGGUGACCCUCACCAAAGAAGGCGAGAUCUGCGGCUUCAGGAUCCACGGGCAGAACGUGCCCUUCGAGGCGGUGGUGCUGGACAAGUCCACGGGCGAGGGGGUGAUCCGCGCCAAGGGCCCGCUGGACUGCGAGCUGCAGAAGGAGCACACCUUCACCCUGCAGGCCUACGACUGUGGAGAGGGCCCUGACGGAGCCAACAUGAAGAAGUCCCACAAGGCCACUGUCCACAUCCAGGUGAACGACAUCAACGAGUACGCGCCCGUGUUCAAGGAGAAGUCCUACAAGGCCACGGUGAUGGAGGGCAAGCAGUACGACAGCAUCCUGCGGGUGGAGGCGGUGGACGCCGACUGCUCCUUCCAGUUCAGUCAGAUCUGCAGCUACGACAUCGUGACCCCCGAGGUGCCCUUCACCGUCGACAAGGACGGCUACAUCAAGAACACGGAGAAACUGAACUACGGCAAAGAGCGCAUGUACAAGCUGACCGUCACCGCCUACGACUGCGGGAAGAACCGGGCCUCUGAGGACGUGCUGGUCAAGAUCAACGUGAAGCCCACCUGCAAGCCCGGCUGGACAGGGUUCAAUAAGAGGAUUGAGUACGAGCCUGGCACGGGCAGCCUGCCGCUGUUUCCCAGCGUGCACCUGGAGACGUGCGACGAGCCAAUCACCUCCAUCCAGGCCAACAUCGAGCUGGAGACCAACCACAUCGGGAAGGGCUGCGACAGAGACACCUACUCAGAGAAGGCCCUGCACAAGCUGUGUGGGGCCAGCGGGGGGGGCACAGUGGAGCUGCUUCCGGCCCCCAGCAGCGCCACCAACUGGACGGUGGGCCUGCCCACGGACAACGGCCAUGACAGCGACCAGGUGUUUGAGUUCAACGGCACGCAGGCGGUGAAGGUGCCGGAGGGCGUGGUGAGCACCAGCCUGAAGGAGCCCUUCACCGUGUCCGUGUGGAUGAGGCACGGCCCGGGGGCCCACGACAAGGAGACCGUCCUCUGCAACUCGGACAAGACCGGGAUGAACCGCCACCACUACUCGCUGUACGUCCACAACUGCCGGCUGAUCCUGCUGCUGCGCCAGGAGCCCACCGAGACGGAGAACUACAAGCCCGCCGAGUUCCACUGGAAGCUGGACCAGGUGUGCGACAAAGAGUGGCAUCACUACGUGGUGAACGUGGAGUUCCCGUCCGUGUCUCUGUUCGUGGACGGAGCCAGCUUCGAGCCCUUCCUGGUCACCGAGGACUACCCGCUGCGCCCCUCAAAGAUCGACAGCCAGCUCACCAUCGGCGCCUGUUGGCAAGACGACUCAGGCCAUGACAAUGACACUGAGACAGUCUCUGCUCCAGGCGGUAGCGGACACAUGGCUCAGUUCUUCAGGGGGAACCUGGCCGGCCUGAUGAUCCACUCGGGCAAGAUGGAGAACAAGAAGGUGAUCGACUGCCUGUACACCUGCAAAGAGGGACUGGACGUCCAGCUGCCGGAGGAGGUGGCCACCUCCAUCAAGGUGGAGUUCAACCCCAACCAGUCGUCUCUGAGCGUGGAGGGCGACGACAUCGACGCCUUCGACAAAGUGAUGCAGCACAUCUCCUACCUGAACUCCCGUCAGUUCCCCACGCCCGGGAUCAGGCACCUCCGCGUGUCCACCACCGUCAAGUGCUUCAAGGAGGAGGCAUGCGUGACGGUGCCGGACGCCGAGGGCUACGUGAUGGUGCUGCAGCCGGAGGAGCCCAAGAUCAGCCUGAGCGGCAUCGACCACUUCGCCCGCGGCGCCGCCGAGUUCGAAUCCCCGGAGGGCGUGACGCUGUUCCCCGAGCUGCGCAUCGUCAGCACCAUCACCCGCGAGGUGGAGGCCGAGGUGGAGGCCGAGGUGGAGGCCGAGGCGGAGGCCACCCCCGCCGGGGCGGAGGACGACCCCACAGUCCAAGAGACGGUGGUCUCGGAGGAGAUCAUGCACAACCUGGACACCUGUGAGGUGAGCGCCUUGGGCGACGAGCUGGACGGAGAGCACGAAAGCCUGGAGCUGGACCCCGCCCAGCUGACGCAGCGCAGCCUGGAGAUGACCUCCUCUACCCUGGGCCUCGUCAUCACAGGGGUCAGCACCAUGGCGCAGUACGAGACGGUGCUCCACCUCAUCCGCUACAAGAACUGGCACACUGAGGCGCUGUUCGACAGGAAGUUCAAGCUGGUGUGCUCCGAGCUCAACGGCCGCUACAUCAGCAACGACUUCAAGGUCGAGGUGAACGUGAUCCACACGGUGAACCCCAUGGAGCACGCCAACGACGCCAUGGUCCAGCCCAACUUCAUCAACCCCGUGCACCAUGCCUCCGUGGACCUGUCCGGACACAACCUGGUCAACCCCCACCAGGCCUCAGUGGUGCCCAGUGCUGCCACCGUGGUCAUCGUGGUGUGCGUGAGCUUCCUGGUGUUCAUGAUCGUCCUGGGCGUGUUCCGCGUGCGGGCGACCCACCAGGGAGUCGCCCGCGACCAGGAGGCCGGCAAGGAGAACGAGAUGGACUGGGACGACUCGGCCCUCACCAUCACCGUCAACCCCAUGGAGACCUACGAGGACCAGCACAGCAGCGAGGAUGACGAGGAAGAGGAGGAGGAGGAGGAGAGCGAGGACGGAGAGGAGGAGGAUGACAUCACCAGCGCCGAGUCCGAGAGCAGCGAGGAGGAGGAGGGAGCAGAGGAGGAAGGCCAGCAGGGGGCCAGCAGACAGCAGCAGCUGGAGUGGGACGACUCCACCCUCACCUACUAGACAGACACGCACACGUACGCACACACCCACCUCAAAACACACAACACCCCUCAACACACGCACACACACACACACACAUUGCACCCUGCACACCUACCCCCUUUGCACUCACACCCAUGCACACAGGAACACACACACACUCUCUCUCUCUCCCUCUCCCUCUCUCUCCCUCUCUCUCCCUC